AUGAAACACUAUAUAACAUCUCUUCCUCGAUUAAAUCUAAUACCUGCUUUACCUAAAAAUCCACGUAAUUAUCCAAUUAUAUUGAUUGGUGCUGGUGGAAUUGUUACUUUAGGACAUUUACCAGCUUAUAAAAUAGCCGGAUUUUCUGUAAAAGGUAUUUAUGAUAUUGAUCAACAAAAAGCAUUUGAUGUAGCCAAAAAAUGGCAUAUACCAAAAGUAUAUAAUACAAUCAAUGAAGCAUGUACAACAUCAACAAAUGAAAAUAUUAUUUUUGAUUUAGCUGUACCAGCAAACCAAAUACAAUCUGUUCUUAAACAACUUCCAGUAAAUUCUCAUGCACUUAUUCAAAAACCAAUGGGUGAAAAUUUAAUUGAUGCUCAAUCAAUUGUUAAUAUAUGUAAACAACGUCAUAUUCAUGGUUCAAUAAAUUUUCAACUUCGUUAUGCUCCUUAUAUACUUGCUCUUAAAGAUGCUAUUCGUCUUGGUUGGUUAGGUCAACGAUUAACAACAGUUGAAAUACAUGUUAAUGUAGAUACGCCAUGGACAUCAUGGCCAUUUUUAGCAACUGUAAAACAUCUUGAACCAACCUAUCAUUCAAUACAUUAUGUUGAUUUAAUACGUGAUCUUUUAAAACCAUAUGAACCUACUGCUUUACAUUGUCGUACAAGUCAACAUAUAAUGAUGCCUCAUUUGACAUCGGUACGAUCUUCUUAUUCAUUUGAAUAUACACAUGAUCCAAUGUUAUAUGUAAAUAUUUAUACAAAUCAUCAUCAUCGUUGGGGUACGAAACAUGCACAAUCUUAUAUACUUGUUGAAGGAACAGGGGGUGCAGCUAAAGCACAAAUAGGUAGUAAUUUUGCAUAUGGAAAAAAUACAGAAGGACAACAAACAGAUUAUUUACAAAUUUGUUCAGAUGAAAUAACUAAAGGUGAAUGGAUUGAUAUUGAUUUACAAGGGCGACGUAAUCUUCCUCAUGCAUUUAUUGGAUCAAUGGCAGCAGCUAUACGUCGAUAUGAAAAUGUACAUGAUCAACCGUCAACUGAUAUUGAAGAUGCACUCAAAACAAUGAUAAUAAUAGAAACAGCAAGAAAAAGUUCGACAUAUAAUAUGACUCCAAUUCAUUAUAAUUAA